GAUUCCAUUAAAAGUAUGACAUACCAGUGAAUUACAGAAUGAAUUCAAGGGCCAAAGAACCCGUCGUGUCCGUGUACACGAGUACCCGUGUCCGUAUACGUGCGAAUAGUCACACCGUAUAAUCUAAUCUACCUCAAGCAAAUGCAUUGACAUUUCGUUUUUAUGACAAACGUAACGAAAUUAAUAUAUCAAAAUGUGGGCUGACACGUUGUUAAUCGUAUUUAUUUCAAUUUGUACGGCACUUCUUGGAGAAGGGUUAACUUGGUUAAUGGUAUACCGCACUGAAAAAUAUCAAAAAUUAAAAGCAGAAGUUGAACGACAAAGUAAAAGAUUAGAGAAAAGAAAAGAGGCUCAUGGCGAUUCAUUGGAUAAACAACAUAAGAAGAAAAUCGAGAGAGAAGAAGAAAGAUUAAAGAAUAAUAAUCGAGAUUUGUCGCUAGUUAAAAUGAAAUCGAUGUUCGCUAUUGGUUUUGCAUUUACAGCCCUUUUAAGCAUGUUUAACAGUAUAUUCGAUGGGCGAGUGGUGGCUAAAUUACCAUUCAUGCCAAUAUCAUGGAUUCAAGGUUUAAGUCACAGAAAUUUACCAGGAGAUGAUUAUUAUGAAUGUUCUUUUAUAUUUUUAUACAUUUUAUGUACAAUGUCUAUUCGCCAAAAUAUACAAAAACUUUUAGGGUUUGCUCCAUCUAGAGCCGCAUCAAAACAAGGCAAUAGUUUAUUUGGUCCUACGCCUGGACAAUUUAAAUAGGUAACUUUAUUUAUUUUACGAUUUAAAUUUGUAAUUCAGCGAAAUGUUACAUGAAUUCCAAAUUAAGUGUACUUUGUUUUAAUUGUUAAUAAAAAUUAAAAAAUCAGUUUGUACGUUGAACUUA